CAGCUACAAAGAAAUCGCUGCUGUUUUAAAGGGAAACCAAGGUUGUUGAGCUGUAGGCUUGGAGUAGCAGGCUCCAGUCUGAUGGAAGCAGGGCCCUGUGGAGCAGAAGAGCAGUGCGGCCGGUCUCCCCCCUGUCCUCUCAUGCCUCCCCCUUUGUGUCCCCCUGUGUGUUAGUGACCCUGUCACACCCUCCACCUCCUCCUCUACUGUCCCACCACCCACCCGCACGCCCGCUCCCUCCUCGUGUUGUGCCCCCCUCUCACCCCAUGCUCCGGACACAGUCUGCUCACUGCCAGCCCAAUGACUGCCUGGAUCGUCCUGCCUGUCAGCUUGUCUGCCUUCUCCAUCACAGGGAUAUGGAUCGUUUACGCCAUGGCUGUGAUGAAUCACCAUGUUUGUCCUGUGGAAAACUGGUCCUACAAUGUAACAUGCAUGGAGGAGCUGCCUCGACCUGGCUUUCCUAAAACAUGUUGCACUCUCCAGGACAUCCCCCUCAUCAGUAAAUGUGGUUCGUACCCUCCGGAGAGCUGCCUGUUCAGUCUGAUCGGGAACAUGGGAGCCUUCAUGGUGGUGAUGGUGUGCCUUCUGCGAUAUGCCCAGGUCAUCGAGCACAGUCACAGAUGUUGGGUCAACACCAGUGCCCUCGUGUCUGGCUGCACCAACGCAGUCGGCCUGGUCAUGGUUGGCAACUUCCAGGUAGACCAUGCCAAGUCACUGCACUACGUGGGGGCAGGUGUGGCGUUCCCGGCUGGUCUGCUGUUUGUCUGUCUCCAGUGUGUGCUCACAUAUCGAGUAGCUGUGACGGCGUUGGAUUACUGGAUGGCUCAUUUCAGAGUGGCCCUUGCCCUAGGAGCCAUGGUCUCUCUUGUUUUGAGUGGUAUGUUUUUCAUCCACGAGAGCUUUGUCCUGCAACACGCUGCUGCCAUCUGCGAAUGGGUCUUCACCGUGGACAUCCUGGUCUUCUACGGGACCUUCACCUACGAGUUCGGCACAGUCACUAGUGAGACCCUCAUGGCCGGCCUACAGCAGACCCAUCACCACAGCCCGGGGGUCAUGAUAGGGCCUGGGUCCAGAGGAGCGCUGGGAGGAGCCACCAAAGGUCUCAAAUCCCCUGGAGGCAGCAGCACAUCCACACAUCUCAACUGUACUCCUGAAAGCAUAGCCAUGUUGUAGCUUUGUGUUGCAUCAUGGGAAGGUAAUAAUGUAUAACAAUAUAUGAUAUAUCUGGCGCCCUCUAGUUUUGGCCAAUCACAUUCAGUUUUGCCACUACAGCUGAAUGUUUGCAGCCAAAGUUCAAAGGAUUUGUUUUCAUUUCCAAAGGCAUUACCCAUGUUGUAGCUUUAUGUUGCAGCAUGAAAAGGUAACGAUACAGUUUUGUCUGACGCCCCCUGGUGUUGGCUCAUGGCAUUCAGUGUUGCCACUACAGCUGAAUGUGUGGAGCUCAAGUUCUAAAUCUCAAUCAUGAAUGAUUUUUUUUUUUUUUUUUUUUUUUUAUACAAAUUUACUCUUUCUGCAAAUCUUAACUGAUGUGGGUACAAAUAUGACAUUCCCUAAAGCUUGGCCCACCUCUUUUUUGGCCUUUUGCUUCUUGCUGCACGGCACACUUUUAUGAAUGAAAGACUUGCGUUCAAGUUUUAAGUUUUUGUAGUAGGUAGAUUUAUUGAAUGUGUGUAAGUCAAUAGUUAGUACUUAUUUUUGUCAUAAAUAUGCUGUUGUCUUACAGCCUCAACCAAUUAAGCAACAAAUUUCAUUACACUUUAUUUCUGCACAUUUUAAUGCCUGAUAACUGCUGAAUUUUAUGCCAUUUUCUUUUCAAAUACAAUUACUGACUAUUGAUCAUUUCUGAUAUAAAAUUCAAGGCUGUCUGCAUUUGAAUCUUUUUUUUUUUACCCAUCAUGCUGUUCUACUUCUAAUGCAUGCUUUCUGAAGUCCCUUCAUACUACCUAUUUACACCCAGCGCAAUAAUUUGUCUGAUUCGUUGCCUCAUUUUUCACUGGAGAAGAGGAUUUUGCCUUUUUUUAAAUGGGGGUUUUGCUUUUUAAGUGACCUCCAUUUAAGACAAUUGGAUCUUGAGUAUUUUAUUUAGAAUAUUCCAGGCUGGACCUUUGGAAUCCUUAUUUUCCAAAACGAUUUGUGCCAUACGUUUAACACAGUGGCAUGAUGAUGCAAAUACAUUGAGGUGUGUGUUGAGUUUUGCCAAUUUAACAUGAUUUACUGCCAUGAACUAAAUAUAAAUACCAUCACUUGGUUGGUUCUUCAACUUCAGUGUACUAAUUCUCCCCUCACACUGUCAAGUUAUUGAUUUAAACCAAUGGUUUUCAAACUGCUCCUUUUAAACUGCUGUGUACAGAUGUUUUUUUAUAUGGCUUUAAAUUACUUGAAUCGACAGAUUAAAAACUGAAGGCAAAUUAAUUUUAAUGGCAAUCAUGUUAAUUUUCAGGAAAUACUUAUGGAAUUAAGAUUAACGUUAAUCUUUGGAUAAGAAGAGAUCAAUGAAAUAAACACAAAUAGAUCAAUAUCAACUCCAGUAUAAUUUGACUGUGUAUACGUCACCUUUUUCCUCAUGAAUGGCCUUUUCAUCAAAUUUGGCCAAGCCAUGUUGCUGCUAACAGGAAAACAAUUGUUUUUUUUUUGUUUAACAACAAUGCAUUAAAAUAUGGAUCAGAUUGGAGAAAGCGGGCCUGCAUAUGAAAGUUUUGAGAACCACUGGUGUAAAUAAUUUUUAAAACCUUGGAUGCCAGCAAUAUUAGUCAUGUUGCCUACCUCUUAUUUCCUGUGGAUUGUUAUGUCAACUUUUAAUUCAUAAAAAAGGGGGCAGUAUUGGGUACAAUAGAGGACCUACAGUGUCAUGUCAAUUCAGGUUUCAGUUUCUGUUUUUCAUCCAAAUGUUUCUUUUCAGUUGUUUUAUUAAGGUUGCAUCUACACAGACCAUUUCUUGUACAUUUGUUGCCAAAAACACCAUGGUCUUGUUUUUCAGUGGACUGUUUCAGCCUUACAUACAUAUGGUGCGAGGAAAAUGUUUAAAAGGUUUUUUUUAAAUUUUCUAAGUUUUUACUUGUUUUGUGUAGUUAAGCACACUGUUGUCCAAAAUUUAAAAUGGCAGCUUGAAUGAACUAACAAUUUCAGCAACAGGCCAAACAGUCACCAUUUAAAUUUCAGUACAUGUAUUAUUGGUAAGUUAUUACAGAUGUUUGACCUGUUCAUGUCUUUUUAAAUGCAAAGUCACAUCUACUGUAAAUUAAUCACUGAAUAAUGGAGCAGUGGAAAACAUCUCUCAAUAACCUGGAUAAUUCAUUUUCUUUUAUAAAUUGUGUAAAUAUGUAUGAUUUGUCUAUCAUUUAGGUAUUUUGAUUUGAAAGAGAUUUAUAUUCAAAUAAAUGAAAUAAAAACUAUAAAUUAUUAGCA